AUGAAGCUUAGCAGUGCUUGGCGUGGAAGCACUCUCCGUCUUGCCGCGCUGCUUUUGGUGAGCUAUGUGGAUGGAGCCUUUCUGCGGCCCCAGCGUAGCUUGAUCACGACCAGGGAGGCGCAGGAUGACGCUCAGAUUGGGAACGAGAUGGGCGAUAGCAUACACGUGCGCAAGCCCAAGAUGGACCAGCGUCGAUAUCGUCAUCACACCUUGACGUCCGGGCUGCGAGUGCUCUUGGUCGAAGAUCCUCAUACGCAGAAAUCCAGCUAUGCCAUGGCCGUGGAGGUGGGCAGCCUUGAAGAUCCUCCCGAUUUCCAGGGCUUGGCACACUUCUGCGAGCAUAUGGUCUUCUUGGGAUCGCAAAAGUAUCCCGGAGAAGAUGAGUUCUCCGAUAAGCUGGCCGUCUACGGAGGAAGCAACAAUGCCUACACUGCCAGCGACCAAACGGUCUACUUCGCCGAGGUCGAUGACAAAGGCUUUGAAGAGACCUUCGACAUUUUUGCGCAGUUUUUCAUUGAGCCCCUCUUCGCGCCGAAGAUGGUGGACAAGGAGGUGAACGCCGUCGACUCAGAGCACCGAAAGAACAUGGCGGAUGCCUCCUGGCGCUUGAUCCAUUUGAUGAAGUCUCAGAGCAAUCCUCAGAGUCCUGUGAGCAAGUUCUCAACUGGAAACUUGGAGACCUUGAAGCUGGAACCAGAGAAGGCUGGCAAGAGCUUGCCGAAGGCCUUACAGCAAUUUCAUCAGGAACACUACUGCCCAUCCCGCAUGCACCUUGUGAUCAUGCGGAAUGCCUCGCUGGAGGAGCAACUGCAGACGGUGGAGAAGAGCUUCGGCGUCUUGCGAGCAGGCACCUGUCCUCCGCGCCCUGUCUAUGACCACAUCCCGAUGUUCAGCCGGAACCUGGGGAAUCUCGGGCGCCGCUUCAACGUGCCCACAGAUGGAGCACCGCAGCUUUGGUUGAUGUUCCCAAUGCCAUCCCUUCUUGGCACGUACAAGGCUGUGCCAGAGGCGUACAUCAAUUACGCACUGAGUCACUAUGGCCCAGGUGGCUUGAAGGCACUCUUGAAGCAUGAGGAUCUCUCCUUGCAUUAUUCCACCAUGCUGGAAGCCACACCUGCUGGCACGAUGCUGUUCUUGGUCUUCUCAUUGACGUCCAAGGGGGUGGCAGAAUCGGAUCGCAUCAUCGACUACGCCUUUGCGUAUUUCAAUGCCAUCAAGUCCCAUGGCGUGGACCAGGCCUUGAUUCAGAAGAUGCAGUCCUUGAACCAAGUGAUGUUCGACUACCAGGAGCGCUCCACCUCCGACUCGAGCGUGGUGACGGGCUUGGCGGGGGCCUUGCCCAAGGUGGCGCCAGAGGACGUGCUCACAGGCGGUGCUCUCAUCGAUGAAGUGAACCUCUCGUUGACCCGGGCCCUUUUGGACGCGGUGCACCCACGGAACAUGAACGUGGCCUGGUCCGUGGGAUCGGCCGAUGAACGAGCCCAACCUGGGCACCUGCGCCACGACCGGUAUUAUGACUUCAACUACACGGAGGAGCCCUUAAAAGAGGAGCUCCUACAGCUUUGGGAAAGGGCCCAGGGCUUCGGAUUGGAACAUCCACCCAGCCCUGCCUACGUGCCAGAGAAGUUGGAGCUCAUUAAGGAGCAGAGGCCAACGAGGACCAGUCCGGAGAAGCUGGAGGAGGCUCAAGGUCUGCAACUUUGGUGGUUGGGCUUGGGAGGCUUCAAAGUACCCAAGGCCCAGGUGCAAAUGAAGUUGAAGUUUCCGCGCGCGGUGCUGAGCAGCCCGGCGCGCGCCGUGUUGGGCGCCCUGCAUGUGCGGCUGGUGAAUAUGGCUUUGGAGGAACCUUCCGAUGCCUUCCAGAUGUGCGGGGUGAGCUACAGCCUUUCCAGCGGCUCCAAUGGUCUAAGCCUCACCUUCUCUGGUUUCAACGAGCAUCUCCUUGCCCUGGCCCGCCUGGUGCUGCCGCGCCUCUCCCGCGCCGCCGACAGCGCUGCCUUCGAGAUGGCGCGACGGCAGCUGAUCCUGGAGUUGCAGGAUGUCACCAGCCAGCAGCCGUAUCAGCACGCGCUUGAAGCCCUGGAGGUGGUGACCGUCCAGCACACCUUCUCCCGGGACACCAUGUUGCGAGCGGCGCAGGAUGAGUGGGCGGUGAGCCCGACGGAGCAUGAGGCGAUGCUGGAUGAAAUGUUUGCAGAACCUGAGCUUCUGGUGCUGGUCACUGGAAACAUCGACCAAGCUCAAGCGAAGACCUUUGCCCGAGAAAGCCUACAAGUGCUAAGCGCUGCAAGACAUUCGGGUUUUUGGGGGCCAGUGGCCGGUUUAUGGGACCGUUUUUACAGCUUCCUCUUCGGCAGUGGUCUCGCCGCGCCUCGCUCUUCCAAGCUGGAGCCCUUGGUGCUCAACCUUCCCAAAGCGCUCGAGAUCCGGGUCGCCAAUCCCAUUCCGCAGGACGUGAACUCUGCGACCGUGGCCUCCUACCAGUUCGGAGUUCCGAGCUUGAGCGACCGGCUGCGCUUCAGCUUGAUCUCUCAGAUUAUCGACCGGCCAGUCUUCCAGACUCUACGCACCGAACAACAGCUGGGUUACGUGGUUUUCGGCUUCGCGGCGGUGCAUGUGGAUAUCCUGGAGGUCCGUGUCUUAGUGCAGGGCUUCCAGGAGUCGCCGGAUGUGGUCGAAGGCCUCAUCGAGAGCACUGUCUACAACCUCACCCACCUCUUUGAGGAGAUGAGCGACGACGAGUUCCGCCAGCGCAAGGAGAGCUUGGCGGUCAGUCUGCGGACGCCGCCAGCGAACCUGGGAGAGUUGGCCGGACGCGUGUGGCCGCAAAUCUGGGAUGAGACCUACUGCUUCGACAAAAACGCCAAGGAGCUGCACCUCCUAGAGGCGAUUUCGAAGCCCUCCCUUCUGGAGGCCUGGCAGGAGGCGACCGGGGCGAAGAGGUUGACUGUGAAGCUCUUCGGUGCCGGCACGGCUCCUGGAAAGGCCGUCAGCAGCGAGGAGUUGGAGGUGAUCUCUGAUGUGGAACACGUGGCCUUUGCCGAGGAUGUUCCGCGCUGGCCGCAUCGAUACCUCUGCAAGUGA